GAAGAUUCAGGUGCUAAAUGCUGUGUCAGGGUAGAGGGAGGAGGGAUGGAGGGGGCGACUGCCCAGCUGAUGUCAGAAUUUCAAAUGAGCAGGGUCUCACGCAGUCUCUACUGACUUCACUGCAGGGGCUGUCACAGGUCCAGACCACCCCAUUUGAGGGGGGUGUCUGCCUGGGACUCAGCUACUUCCAGCUCCUUUGGGGAGGGCUCUAGCCCAGACUCUGGAUGCCUGCAAUGGGGAAGGGCAGGCAGUGAAACGUUAACAGUGGGGGUGUGCACAGGGGCUGCAGGCAGCAGCCAGGCUCCCCCACUGGCCAGACAGUUGGUAUACGCCAGGAUCUGAGCUGCUCCUUCUAGCAUCCUUCAUCCUUCAGGUAUCAGCCAGUGCUGGAGCUGCAGAAACCCGGACCAGCCCUCCACUGGCCUCUGACCUGACCCUCCCCAGUGGCCUUCUCUGUUUUAGCUGCUUCUGCUGCAGCGUCAGAUACUCUCAGCUGCAACUCCCUGCAAGGUGGGGUACCCAUCUCAGGCAGAAGGUUUUGGUGCACCCCACUGAUCAUAUUCCUUGGGACUGUCGCUGCCUGUGGCCUCAGGAUGAAAGGGGAGACCCCUGUGAACAGCACUAUGAGUAUUGGGCAAGCCCGCAAGAUGGUGGAACAGCUUAAGAUCGAAGCCAGCUUGUGCCGGAUAAAGGUGUCCAAGGCAGCAGCAGACCUGAUGACUUAUUGUGAUGCCCACGCCUGUGAGGACCCCCUCAUCACCCCUGUGCCCACUUCGGAGAACCCUUUCCGGGAGAAGAAAUUCUUCUGUGCUCUCCUCUGAGCUGCCCUGUUCCUCUUCACAACUCUUCACCUUUCCCCUCUCCCGGGCCCUUCCUUAUUUAUGUCAGUAACUGUCGUGAGCCCCCGAGGACCCCUGCAUCCCACCCCUAGCCCUUGCCCAACCCUGUGAGGUUAUCCGAAGCCCAAGCCCUC